GCGGUUACGCACGUGCCUGCGCUCAGCCGGGGACAAAAGAGCGGAGGAGAAACGGGCUGUUUAAGGGGUCGGAGUCGUGCUGAAGUCGCGAGCAUCGCUGGGGAUCGACUCGAAUUAGUGCAGUGCGCGCGUGCUUGGUGUUAUUUUUGUCUCCUUGGUGUGUGUGUGUGUGUGUGCGCGUGUGUAGCUCUCUCUCGCGCGCGUUGUGCGCGCGCUCCCUCUCUCGCGCUCUCUCUCUCUCUCUCUCUCGGUCUUUUGUGUGCGCAUACGUGUUUUUUAUUCGUUAUAAUAUAUAUAAUAUAUAUAUAAUGCCUGGUGUUUGCGCGGUGUCAGAGCUCCGAGUGUGAUGCAGUGACUGAAGACACCAUUUUAGCCCUCGGUCCUUCUGAGCAUCUUUAAGGAUCUCUACGAAAUUAAUGUAGGUCGCAUGUCUAAGAUCUUUUUUCUUUUCUUUUUUUGCUUCUUCUUCUUUCUUUUUUUUUUUUUGGAUGAGGAUGUUCCCCUGAAAGCUCUCUUGUUGAUUUCAUAAAGCAAAAGGAGUAAAGUUCUACUGAGAUAAAUGACUGUACAUGAACUGUGGACCCAAAGGACUUGAGACCGUCUGAUGGCAUUGUACGUACACCUACAAGGCACUGGUCUUAAUCCUUCCCCGUCAGGACUCUGAGAAGCCCGUGGAUCUCCUGAGCUCUAAAAGCCAUGUUCCCAGCCCAUGGACGCUCCUUCAGGGCAGCUAAGCUGCUUCUCGGGGCUCUGAUCUUUCUCCAGGCUUGCGGCUGUGCUUUGAGCUCCAGUGGUGAGACAUGUUACUCCAGGCAGCAUCGAGACACCAUUGUGAAUGUGCGCAAGGCUCUAGAUCAUCAAAAGACCGUAAUGGAUGUCAGGAAGAAAGAAGCAGAAAGGGACUGCAUCCUGGCUUGUUGCUCGGAGGAGCUGAAACCAGGUAUAAAGUGCAACAUGGUGGUGUAUAAACCAUCAGGCCAAGAUGGUGUCGAGAACUGCUACCUGUUUCAUUGUGAAACCGAGCAGGACUGCCCUCUAAUGUCAGCCAGCCCCGGAACUAACACUUAUGAUAUAUUUAAAGGUUCAACACAUCCUGCUGCCAAAGGAAAGGACCGAGUCCCCACAAUCCCCAAUACGAUAACAAAACAACCUGCUCCUACACAAUCUACAUCAACAACCCCGAAACCGACAACCACAACAACUACAACCCAGCCCACCACUACGACAAGUACCACGCAGUCCACUACAACCACCACUCCGACUACAAGAACCACCUCCACCACAGCGCCCACAGAGCUGGCGAUUAUCCUCCUUACAAUACCUGUCGAAAACGUGCCAACCAGUAAAUCAACUACAACAACAGCAACAACAACAACAACACAAUCAACAACUACAACAACAAAGGUACCUUCCACAACAAGCACAACAACGACUGCACAUCCGGUCCAACCGCCACAGCCACCCCCGAAUCCAAUCCGGCCAUCCAAAAAGCAGCCCAAGCCUCCAAAAAAGCCUGAUUCCCACCCGCGACCCGGUGCGAAAGUAGCUGAGGUUCCGACCUUACAGAAACAACCUGCACAGAAAACGACGACACCUCCUACCCCUCCUCCUGUUACUAUCACUAGUGCUACAACUACUACUACAACUUCAACAACAACCACAACCACAACUACCACUCCAUCUACAACCACUACUACUACCCCCAAAACAACCACAACCACAACCACCAAAACAACCACAACUACUACUCCGUCGACAACCACAACCACUCCUCCCACUACAACCACCACAACCACCACAACUACAUCCACAAGCACCACUGAAAGAACAACUAUAGUCGUCGUAGAGAUGGAGAACGAUGUGAAAAAUGCUGAUUCGCGCCCGGACCCUACAGCAAUACCGUCUGCUUCGGGUAAGGCUAAGGCGUCGCACCUGAUGUGGAAGAAUAGCCUGGCUUUGCUGGUCGUGCUCACGCUCAUCAUUCUCACGUUCGUCUUGGCCGUCGUGGGCCGCAGAGCCAUGGAAUCGUUCGACAGGAGACACUACACGAGACUGGAGCUCAACGACCUUCACUAUGAGAUCUAAAACUCAACCAAAUCCCGCGACGAUCUAAAAGACAAUCCCGUUCAAUUUUAAAAUAUAUUUUAAAAUAUUUUUUUUCCCCCUGUCAGCUUACUAAAACUAACAAAAAUAUUUUGAUAUGUGCAACGUUUUUGGCUCAUAAGAUGUUGUAACUGCUGGAGGGAUGCAACAAGAUGGAGACUAAGCGAGAGUUUCGGGUUGUGGGGGGACGAAAAGCAAUACAAAGACCUCAGGAAGCUUCAAAAUUUAGGACUAGAAUACUGUUGGACAUUCUUUGCUUUGGCAAUGCAUUAAGUCAUGAACAUUUCCUCUGUGUCAAACCAGUCAACAAUCAAUAAUUAAGCUGAAACGCCUGCAUAAUCGGGUUAUUCCAUGUAGAGGCUUCAUUUGUUCACUCACAUCUUCGGCCUGUUUUUGUGUUUAAGUAUGGAGUUAAUCAUGCUACUAGCAAGUCAGUACGCCAUCACCUUUCUUCUUGGGUGUGAUAUAGUACAAUUCAAGGGUGCAGGGUGUUAACGAAGGAAUAAAAGACAAAAAAAAGAGGUGGUUCUGUUCUUUAAACUGUCACACGCACCUUUAUAUGGCCAUAUUCAUUCAGGACUGUUGCUUCCUUACUGACAAACAACUGCUUUUCAAAUUGUAUUUACUCGCUGUACAUCGACUUUUUGUGAUUUUAUUUCCCACUAUGUUGUACUGCUGUGAUUUCCACAUUUGUUACGCCGAUCCACAGGAAAGUCUCUUAUGCAGUGUUCCCCAUUGUGCCACACUUCUGUUUUGUGUCUAAAAAAAACUACUACUUCUUGGUGGUAAAUUACACUGGAUGUGCACUAUUUUCACAUGAAUACUUUCUUAACGAGCAGGUAUGGGAGUGUGGCGGGGUAUGCGUGCGUUUGUGUGUGUACUCUAGUUAACCAUUACACUUGCUACGAGCAUGCAUGGUACUGUAAAUGUAGUUUCGCAAUAUUCGCUGUGUUUCAGUAUGGUUUCUGACAUGCCUUUGUCGACUUCCUGUUCAUUAUUAGGGAGUGUAUUUCAACUCACUCAAUUAUAAAUGUAAUAAUAUACUUAAUAUAUAAAUGAACACUAAUACUUAUUAUAAACAUCUUCAUCCAUUUAAAAACAUCUGACUGAACGAGGUCUCCUAUUGUAACUUACAUAGUGACACAUUUGCGUUUUUCCCCCCCUUUUUUUCCACCAUGUCGUACUGCUAUAAUCUGCGUUUAUAACCACUAUCCGCCUCAUAAUUGGGUGACUUUGGUGAAAAAGUGAAGUCAAACCAGGGCUUGUUACAAACUAUAGCGAAACAUCUGGCAUACACUGAAAUAUUGAACUAGCUGUAAUGGCAAUUUUUGACCAAAGGUGGCAGCAGUCACUCAGUUGAACCUACAGCCUCCUUCUGCUCCUGUGCUCCAUUUUAGGGAACUUGGUUUAAGUUGCACAAAUCUUUUCAUGUUUUUCUUGAAUUGCUUUUUGUAUUUUAAUAUCACUGUAUAUAUGAGAUGGUGAUGGUUUGGUCUUGUUUUUGUGAGUGGUUGCUUUUAACAGCAAAUUUGAAUUUAAUGUAGGCUACUAUUUUCUCUGGCAAAAAAUAAAAUGUUAAUUCUUUGAAGAAA